AUGCCUCAGUACGCCUCUCGCGAUGUCGGCGACCCGUCGCAAAUCAAGAAGAACAAGCAGAGCAUGGCCGACCUAAAACUCCGUCGAUUGACCGAACUCAACAACCGACUACGUGAAGAUUUGGAAAGGGAGAGGAUUCCGUCGUUCGGCACAUUUGCCGGUCGCAAUUCAAUGAGGCUGACAGUCGUUUCUUUUUCUCCAUACAGCAUAAUCGCCUACUGCAACAGCACACGAGACUACAUGGUACCAAGUGUUUGGGGGCCGGUGCCCAAGUCCGAAGAUCCGUACUUGCCACAACAGAGCAGCGGGUGCUGCGUCGUCAUGUAA